UCUGAGAAUGCCCUAGAGAGCUGUACGGCCGCUGUAGGGGACCGUGUGCAAACAGACCAGAGGCUUCAACCUUUCCCUGCGGGGCGGAUUCGGGUAGGAGAGGAGCGUUGGGUCGGAAACGCCCCUUUCUUCCACAGCCGGGAAUUGAGAGCCAGUACUGGGCCUGCGGGGCGCCGCCUUACCUUUGUGGGACAUGGCCCGCUGUGGGGAGGGGAGCGCGACGCCCGUGGUACUUCUGAGGUCCCCUGGAGUUUGCAGUAAGGGGUUGCAAAAGAAGGGGCCCUGUGAGCGGCGCCGACUGAAGGCGGUGAUAUCGGAGCAGCUCAGCCAGGAUCUGCUCAGGCUCCUAACGGAAGAAAUCCAUACAGAUGUUAUUUUCUCCAUAGGUUAUACUUUGUUCAAAGCACACAAAGCAGUCCUUUUAGCAAGGGUUCCUGACUUCUAUUUUCAUACUAUUGGACAGACAUCAGAUAAUUUAACAAAUCAUGAGCCUGUUGUUGUAGAGAACUUUGAAACUUCAGAAUUUAGAACAUUUUUACAGGUUGUAUAUUCAUCAGACAGAAACAUAAGAAACUAUGAAGAAGAAAUUGUUAGGAAAAAGAUAGUGGUGAGGGGAGUGCCACAAAAGAAAUGUGACUUCAGCUUUGGAAUCUGCACUGACAACGAUGGAAGAUCAUCUGUAGAGUCAUCUGAUUGUUCUCUUCAGAAGCAUGAAGUUCCAGAGGAUGUCGAUGUUGGAGUACAUAAUUUAAUUUCUACUGUUUUGUUUUUCUCUUUUAAAGAUAAUUAUGACUUGGAUCCUGCAUCUGAAUUAGGAGAAGAUUUAUUGAAACUAUACGUGAAACAUUGUUGCCCAGAUAUUGAUAUUUAUGUUGAUGGAAAAAAUUUUAAAGCUCACAGAGCCAUUUUAAGUGCCAGAUCCAGUUAUUUUGCUGCAAUGCUGAGUGGCUGCUGGGCUGAAAGCUCCCAAAAGUGUAUUACUCUUCAAGGUAUAAACCAUGUAGAAAUGAAUGUUAUGAUGCAUUUUAUAUAUGGAGGAACUUUGGACUUUCCAGAGAAAACUAAUGUUGGUCAGAUACUCAAUAUGGCUGAUAUGUAUGGACUAGAAGGAUUAAAAGAAGUAGCAAUCUAUAUUUUAAGAAGAGAUUACUGUAAUUUCUUUCAGAAGCCUAUUCCCAGAACGUUGGCGUCUGUAUUAGAAUGCCUGAUUAUUGCUCAUUCAGUUGGAGUGGACAGUCUUUUUGCUGACUGCAUGAAGUGGAUUGUAAAGCAUUUUGCAAGGUUUUGGUCUGAGAGAAGUUUUGCAAAUGUACCUCCUGAGAUUCAGAAAAGUUGUCUUAACAUGUUGAUUCAGUCUUUAAAUGAUAAGAAUGCUGCUUUUCUUCUGAUGGAAAGUGACAGGCUAAUCAUCAGUUUACCCAGAGUGAAGUGGACAGAAGUAGCCCUGACUAUGGCAUCUCGGCUGCAAGAAGAAUGUAUUGCAUUUAUUAUAGAAAACUUCUCCAAGAUCAUUCACAGUGAAAAUUUUUCUCUUCUCUUACAGUCACAAGCAAUGAGCAGCACAGCUGAUCUGUUGGACAAAAUUUUAAAAGCAAUUGAAGAAAGCAUUACCACUGAGAAUAGCUGCUCUCUUCUUAUGGCUCUGGACACGUUACUGAACUCUGACAGUACAAAGGAAAUGGGUUUUACGUGCAAGAUCCAGGCUCUGCGUGAUAAGCUGUGGAUCUUCCUGGUUCAGUCUUUCUAUGCUGUUCGUCAUACAGAAAGCUGGAAGCUGAUGAGCACAGAUGAUCAACAGAAAAUCCAAGCAGCUGCAUUUGACAAAGGUGAUGAUCGAAGACUUGGCAAAAAGCCUGUUUUCAGUAGCUCUCAGCAAAGGAGACAAGCUUCUGACUCUGAUGUUAUAAGUAACAAAUCGUGGAGAGGAAAUACCAAGAAGGAGUGUUGGAGUUAUCCCUCUAGUAAGCAAAAGAUGAAAUCUGAUGGAUUAGGAGCAUCUGGACAUUCAUCAAGUUCUAACAGAAAUACUAUAAAUAAAACUUUGAAGCAUGAUGAUUUAAAGGAAAAGGGUGGUACAAAAACAGCAUCCAAGGUUACAAAAGAACUUAAAACUGGGGGAAAAAAUGUUUCUGGAAAGCCCAAAGCUAUAAUAAAGUCCCAAACAGAAAACGGUGAUAAUGCAAAGUCAGCAAACAUGUCGCCUAGACAAGCUGUGGAAAGAUCAGCAGCAGUGGCAGCAAAUGGACAGAAAAAUUCAUUAAAUGGGAAAGGAGUAAGAAAUCAGGAAGGGCACAUUACCGGCGCCAGACCCAAGGUACUCACUGGAAACUUAAAUGCGCAAGCCAAAGCAAAGCCUCUGAAGAAAGUGACAGGAAAGGAUUCUCCAUGCCUCAGCAUCACAGGGCCCUCCAGCAGAUCUACAAAUUCAAGUAUGGAAUUAUUGAAUUCCACUGAAUGUCUGGAUGAACCAAAAGAAAAUGGAUCAGUAGGAGAAGAGAAGCCUUCUAGUGAGAAACUGUCCUGUUGUGAAUCUCCAGGACAGACCAUGAAAAACAGUGUGGAAAGUAUCAAAACUUCUACUGUAGCAGUAAAAUCUCGACCUGUUUCAAAAGUUACCAAUGGAACUUCAAAUAAAAAAAGCAUUCACGAAGAAACUAGUAUAAAUAACAGUGCACUAAAGAAGGUCACUAACAAAGGAUACAGUGAUCCAGUACCACAGGCAAUUUUAAAGAAAAGAGGAAAUGGCAGUGGAUGUACUACAGCUCAACAGAGAAUAAAAAAUGCCUCAUCUAAUCUUGCUAAAACUCAAGGAUCUCAAGGAGAGUCACCAACUUCAGUAAAAUCUUCAGUCUCUUCAAGGCAGUCUGAUGAAAAUUUGACAAAAUUGGACCACAGUACAACUACAGAUAAACAAACACCUAAGAAAAAAAUUGUCAAGCAAGGACACACACCUUUGCCUAAGGUUAAUGCAAAAAUAGUGGCAAUGCCUAAAAACUUAAAUCAGUCUAAGAAAGGUGAAGCUUUGAAUAAUAAAGAUGCAAAACAGAAAAUGCUUCCUGGACAGAUUACAUUGAAAACUCAGCCUUCUUCUCAAAGACCUUUAAAAAGUGAAACAUGUGUUGUCCAAAAAAGCAUGCUUCAUGAUGUACAUGAUAGUAAAAACAAGGACAAUAUUUCUGAACAGAAGCCUCGUGAACCGCUAAUUAAUCUCGCAUUAGAAAUCAGCAGUACAGAAGCAUUCCAGUCAUCAUGCAUACCUGACCCACAAAAGCCAUUAAACAAUCAAGGGAAAGAGAAAUUAGAAUGCCAAAGUAUUUCAGAUUUGGAAAAAUCAAAAUGUGAACCGGAAUCAAAACAGAUAUGUUCAGAUAAAAGUGAAACAAAAUUUUCCAGCAAAGAAACACAUCAGCACAAGACAGCUAAAAUAUAUUGUCAUUCUGAUGGGAGUGAUAAUGUAGAUCCAAAAUUUUAUAACACCACUGCCCUAAAAUCCACGAUUUCAGAUCCCAGUGUAAACUCCCUGAACUCUCAUCCAGUUUGUGAUUUAGACUCUGCAGAUGCAGAGCAAAGGCCUUCAGUAUCAGAUAGAGAGAAGCAAGAAGUGAGAAAAGAUACAAACAAAAAAUUAAACAUUAAAUGUGACAAAGAUGUUUUACCGUGUGUUCCUGAAAGGACAAAUGGUACCUUAAAUUCUGUCCAAGAUGACAGGAAAUCUAAAAUUCUUGUUGAAGAACAGACAGUUCCUAGUCACUUGUCUGAUGACUCUGCUAUGAGUGAAAUCAAACAUGCUACAGCAGACUCAGAUAUUUCCUCCAAGUCUGUUUUGGAACAAAUAUCAGGAAAAACUUCUCCUAAAGAUAUGGAAACAACAGAAACUCCAGAGAGCCAUGAAACUCCAGAAGUUCCAUUCAUGAGUCAUUGGAAUUUGAGUACCAGUGGUAUGCAUCAGAGAGAGAGUCCUGAAUCUGACACUGGCAGUGCUACCACAUCCUCUGAUGACAUAAAGCCCAGAUCUGAAGACUAUGAUGCUGGAGGGUCUCAGGAUGAUGACGGGUCCAAUGACAGAGGUAUUUCUAAAUGUGGCACAAUGCUGUGCCAUGAUUUUCUUGGGAGAAGUAGCAGUGAUACCAGUACUCCUGAAGAAUUAAAAAUAUACGAUAGUAACUUAAGAAUUGAAGUGAAAAUGAAAAAGCAAAGUAGUAAUGAUCUUUUCCAAAUUAAUUCAACAAGCGAUGAUGAGAUUCCUAGGAAAAGGCCAGAAAUUUGGUCUAGAUCUACAGUAGUCUACCCUAGGGAAAAAGAAAAUGUUCUACGAGGCAGUGUCCAGUUUGCUCAGGAAGUAGAUCAGGUUUCUUCCUCGGCAGAUGAAACAGAAGAUGAAAGAUCCGAAGCUGAAAAUGUUGGAGAAAGUUUCUCUACAUCUAACUCAGCUCCUCAGCAGUUUCAGGGAAUAAUUAAUUUAGCUUUUGAAGAUGCAACAGAAAAUGAAAGUCACGAGUUUUCUGCAACUAAAAAUUUUAAAAGAUCCGUUUUACUUUCAGUAGAUGAAUGUGAAGAACUAGGAUCUGAUGAAGGGGAAGUCCAUACUCCUUUUCAGCCUUCUAUAGAUUCUCUGUCACCUGAUGUUUUUGAUGGCAUUUCUCAUGAACAUCAUGGAAGGACCUGCUAUUCCAGGUACUCACAAGGAAGUGAGGGUAGUAUUUCAGAAUGUAAACAAGAUAAAGGCAAUAGUGUAUAUAAAAACGAAAGCUCUCUCUUGGGUCGCAGUAGUACUGACUCAUUGAGAAGAGAUAAACAGAGUACUUCAGCCACAGGAAAAAAGUACACAGUAGAUGUCCUGUCCAAAAGAGGUAGACAGCUUCUUCCAGAAGAUAGAAAGGUAAAUUGCAAAAGCGAUGUGGAUAAUGACUUUCAGCAACGCAGCAAACUCUCAGAUAGUGAUAUAAAAUCUCAAGAAAGACCAUGUCAUUUGGAGCUUCAUCAAAGAGAACCCAAUUCUGACAUACCAAAGAACAGCUCUACAAAAUUUCUGGACUCCUGUCGGAGUCAACUUCUGCCUCAGGAAGGUCAAGUAAAAGAGAACCAUUCUACAGCUACCAAAAGAGCUAAUAUUGCUUUAUCUGCAGGAUACAUAGAUGAUUGUGACACACUGGCACAAACCUACAUGUAUGACCAUCGGCCUUCAAAAACCCUCUCUCCAAUAUAUGAGAUGGAUGUAGUAGAAGCAUUUGAGCAGAAAAUGGAAUCAGAAACACAUGUUACAGACAUGGAUUUUGAAGAUGAUCAGCACUUUGCAGAACAAGAUUGGACACUCUUAAAGCAACUGCUGUCUGAACAGGAUUCAAACUUAAAUAUUACGAAUUCUGUUCCUGAAGACUUAAAUUUAGCACAGUAUCUAAUCAAUCAGACAUUACUUUUAGCACGAGACAGCUCAAAACCUCAGGGUAAAGCACAUGUUGACACUUUGAACAGAUGGAGUGAACUAACCUCUCCACUUGAUUCCUCAGCAAGUAUCACCAUGGCUAGUUUUUCCUCUGAAGAUUGUUCACCCCAAGGGGAAUGGACAAUUCUAGAACUGGAAACUCAGCAUUAAGAGUAUUAACACUUUGGAAAAUUUUUAACAAUGCCCCCCCUUUAUUUUUGAUGCUUAUAUCCUAAUAAUAAUUGCAUUAGCCAGAGAUAGACUGUCCUUAAUAAUGAAGGAGUCUUUCUAAUUUAUUAAGGUAACAUAGUUUGUUUAUUAAUAUGAUAUCACAUGUAGAAAAAAGAUGGUUUUCUAAAAUUUUUGAGCAUGUUUUAUUAAUUAUUAGAGAAAUUAGUGGACUUACAACGAGCCCUUCAGUUGUCCUUUCCUAACUGAUCAUUUGUUCACUUGUUUAUAAUUCAAGAAUUUAAAAUGUGAAUGCACAAGUAGAUCAGUCCAUUUACUUUUUGCUCUGCAUAUGGUAACAGUAAUUUAACAAUAAAAAACCUAUUGUGCUUGUGUUCAAUUUAUGUAGAGUUAAUCAGUGAGUAACAUUCAAACUCAGGUUUGUGUGAUUGACCCUGACAGGUGAAUAUUAGAAAAACCCUUCAUUUUCCCAACAGUGCAGAUCCAGGAAAUUGUGAAAUACAUGUACCUCAAAUUUCAAUCACAUUGUUACUAAAACCGAGAAAUGGAAUCCCUUGUAACUCUUUUUGAGGUAUAUCCAAAAAGAGAUAUCUGCCCUCGUUCAAAAGAGGUGGGAAAACUGUCCAUUUGUUUUACCUAGAUAGACUUUCUUUAUAGUUAAUCGCUCUUCAUUUUCCAUUCCACUUACAGAUAUUUUGGGACUGUCCCAGCAAUAAGCGUGCACUAAAUAUUAAUUUUAAAAUGGGUACAUGAGGGGGACGCCUGCUUGGCUCAGUCGGUUUAGCGUCCGACUCUUGAUUUCAGCUCAGGUCAUGAUCUCACAGUUUGUGAAGCCUUUGUUGGGAUCUGUGCAUGAGUGAAGAGCCUGCUUGGGAUUCUGUCUCUCCCUCUCUGCCCCUCCCCCACUCUGUCUCUCUCUUCUCUCUCAAAAUAAAUAAACUUAAGGGCGCCUGGGUGGCUCAGUUGGUUAAGCGGCCGACUUCGGCUCAGGUCAUGAUCUUGCGGUCCGUGAGUUCGCGCCCCGCGUCGGGCUCUGUGCUGACAGCUCAGAGCCUGGAGCCUGUUUCAGAUUCUGUGACUCCCUCUCUCUCUGACCCUCCCCCGUUCAUACUCUGUCUCUCUCUGUCUCAAAAAUAAAUAAACGUUAAAAAAAAUUUUUUUUAAUAAAUAAACUUAAAAAAAAUAAAACAGGUACACGAGGCAAUUGAGUACUGAGUUAAACUGCAUGUGUGUGUAUAUGGGCACAUACACGCAUGUAUGUUUUCUCCACGUGUCUAUAUAUUCUAGAUUCUUACUUCCUUGAUUAGAUUGUCUUUCAGUCUGUAAUUCUGGUAGCAAGACAAAGAUAAAAAUAUCUUCUACAAAAUGGUACUGGAGAAUGAACACUUGGAUACCUACUUGAUAUUAGUAGACACUGCCUUUAGGAUGAUGAAAUUUAGUGGAGUUAACUUCUCUCAAAGCUAUGUAACUAACUCAUAAUUUCUCUAAAAUAUGUCAAAAGUAGGAAAAACAGUUUUGGUUUCUAAUUCCUUUUCUAAAUAAUGGUUUUCAACAAAUUAUUAAACAUAGAGUGAAUAUAUUGAAUAUCAACAAUCAUAUGAAUGCACAGUCAUUUGUUAUUCUUAUAUAAUAACAUGACUAUGUUAACGUUAGCCACUAACCUGUUAUACCAUAAAUUUGCUAUGCCUUUUUAAACUACAAGUUCUGCAGGAGGCACUCAUUCAUUCCAACAGUCAAGAAAUAGGCAUUGGUUCUAUGCACUGAGGUACAAAGAUAAAUAGGGUUCGAUUCCUGCUCCCCACCCAAAAAAAGAGAGUUCAGUUUCUAGUGAGGAGAAAAACCAUGUAAGAGAAAGGUUAAAAUAUAGUAGUAUUAUAAGAACGUUGUAUUUUCAAGCUGGAUGAGAAUUUAGAGAUUAGUCUAAUCCCUUCAGAUUCCAAAAAGGACUCUGAAGUCCAGAGGAAUUAAAAGAUUGCCCAAGGUCCCACAGCUGAUUUGUGGCUACAAUCUAAUAUUCCUUAAUUUUAAUUUGAUGUUAUUUCUGCCACACAACAUAGUCAUUUGAUUUUUAUCAUAAAGCCUGAGAGGAUGUAUAUCUAUACGUAGUUUGUAACAUAAAGAAGUAAUGUAUGAUAGAGUCAGAAACCAUACAAAUUCCCAAGACAUUAUGUUAUUUUCCUUUUCUCCAAAUGAGAAAUUACUUUUAUGUGUUAUUUUUAAUAAAUACCUCAGAAGUUCAACAAUUUAUAAAUGAAACUUCUUUCUCAGUUAUAAGGUCUUUAAAACUUUGUUCUUAAACUACUAGACAUUAAAAAGCCAUUCAAUUUCAUGUAACAUCUGCAAACAGGUAAUAGGGAAGGCAUUUUGCUUAAGUAGUGACCUCUUAGGUAAUUUCAGGACAUGUGUGUUUUCUUAUCAUGCUCUUUUGUGUAUGAUAUCUCUACCAGUCUGUUUACUGUGGGACUCUUCGGGCUAGUACUUCAUGAUUUAACAAACACAAAGCGAAAAAUGAUGCUAACAUUUAUUUAGCUCCUAUUAUAUGUUAGAUACCGUGCUAAGUGUUUUAAAUAUGCACUAACACAUUUAAUUCUCACAGCAGUUCUAUGAGAUUUGUCUUAUCAUCUUUAUUUUUCACAUGAAGAAACUAAUAUAGAGUCCUUACUCUGGAUUAACUACCCUAAUGGAAGAAACUAAAAGAGAAAUAAUACACUAUACUAUUGUUUGGUAAGAUAACAGUUGUAUAUGGUCAGAGUUGUGUGAGCCUAGAGGAAGAAGCCAUGAACACAACAGCUUGUGAGGAAGAGAUUAGAGAAAGCUUCUUAGAGCAACUAAUAUUCCGUGACUCCUUCAGAAUUUCUAUAAAGGGCUUAGUGACUGCAAUCUAGUUGGAAGUGUAGGCCAGGGGACUUAGCUUGAAGCUGCACUUGUAUAGAAAGUACUUCGCUUGUACUUAGAUUGUAUGUUAUAUAUUGAUAAAAAUAGGUAUGUUCUUAAAGGAUGCCUUUGUACAUAGUUGGAAAUUGCAAAAAGUCCCAAUUGUCCAUGCCAAAAACAAGAAAAUCUUAUUUUUAUUUUGAUUUGGCUUGCUUUGGAGGACUGGUAAAGAUUAUGUAAACAAUUUAAAGCCCCUUUAUACCAUCUCUUGGAGCAAUCAAGUAACCAGAUGCUGGCUUUCAAGGAUGAGUAAGAAUUUGCUUGGUGAUAGGGCAUUCUGGACACAACAGUGCAUUAAGGAAUGGUGACCAUGAUGUGUGUUGAGGAUGGGGAGGAAGAGUGGUAGGAAAGGCUGAGCUGGAGUUAGAUUCUUAAAGUUAUUAAAAAACUACGCUAUUGUGUUUGAUUAGUCCAAACCCUGGAUUUAGUAGACAUUAUGUCUCCCUCCAUGGUGCAUUCCUUUAUUUACUUAUUUUUCUAACAACGAUUUCUUUUUUUUUUUUUCUUCAAGUUUAUUUAUUUUGAGAGAGAGAGACAGAGAAAGAGAGAAUCCCAACCAGGCUUAGCACUGUCAGCUUGCAUCCAGAUGUGGGGCUCUAACGCAUGAAGAGUGAAAUCAUGACCUGAACUGAAAUCAAGAGUCAGACGCUUAACCACUGAGCCACCCAGGCAUCCCGUUUUAUUUAUUUUUGACUCUAAAUAGAAAAGCUUUCCAUGUUUUGAGGAAAUAACCACCUACAAUCACAAUGGGUAGUUAUCAACGUUGUUUUUUAAGGAGUUAGGCAACAAAGCCAGGUGUGUUUCAGAAAGAUAACUGUCAGCACUAGUGAAGACGGCCUGGUUUGGAGAAGCCCCCAAAUCCCAGGUUGCAAUUAAAAUAGUUUUGUCAACCUUAGAAAUGGGGAACGGAGGAGGAUUUGGUAACAAAGACAUUACAGAUUGUGGCUAUAGAACUUGGUAGAUAAUUAAGAUGGUGGGAGAAUAUGGAAAGGAAUUUUAUAAUUGCUAUCAAAAAUAGCAUUUAUUCCACACAUAUUUGAGGGCCUACGAUAUUCCGAGAACUAUGCUAGUGCUGAGGAUAAAAAGAUGAAUAGCAUAGUAUCUGUCCUAGAGCAUCUCAGUUUAGUGAGGGAGAGAUUGAACAAAAAUUAUGAAAUUGUAAUGUUAAAUGUCAUAAUAAGGUUCUGUAUAAAGUGUAGUCAGUGCAUAAAGGAAAGGGAAAUAA